AUGGACCCAUUCGCUGCAGUUUCCUUUGCCGCCACCAUUCUCGCCUUUGUCGAUUUCUCUUGGGGCCUGGCCAAGGGGACCUACGAGGUCUACCAGUCGGCGACAGGCCAGACGAUCGAAAAUGUGCACAUCAACGAUGUUAUCAGCGACCUGCGCAGCGUCUCCGAAGACCUCGACGGCACCCCGUCGGGCGACUCCAAACACGAAAAGGCCCUGCGACGGCUCGCGGCUGAAUGUUCUGAGCUGUCAGCCGAACUGAUGGCCCUCCUGAAGAAGCUCAAGCGCAGCGAGAAGAAGAACUCGGUCUGGGGCAGCCUGCGCGUCAAAUGGGCCAGCAUCCGCAAGGCCGCCGAUGUCGAGUCCAUCCUCGACAGGCUCCGCGAGUACCGCAGCGAGAUCAUGCUGCGUCUGGGCCUGAUGCUGAAUGACCAGCAGUCGUCCAUCAAGGUCCAGCUCGAUCAGAUCCGCAAGGAAGCCAGCGAUCUCAACACUGUCACUGGAUCGCAGCUCGACGCGCUACGUAGCGACAUCCUGGAGGCGAUCCAACAAAAUCCGGCGGACCCCGGGAAAGAUACUCUGCGUGGCGUGCACAGGCUCAUAGUGGAGCUCAUCUCGUUAACCAAGGGCAUCAACAUCCAGCACGAAAUCCUGAAGCAACUCGACUUCAAGUCCAGAUACUCUCGCGAGGACACCAUCCACGACGCCCAUAGUGGUACGUUUGAGUGGAUGCUUGAGGAGAGCGUCGAGGGCGAUGACGGCUGCUGCCCCGAUGACGGCGAGUCGGUCUUCAUGUCCUGGCUCCACUACGGUAGCCACAUCUUCCAUAUCUCGGGCAAGGCCGGGUCGGGCAAGUCGACGCUGAUGAAGUUCCUGUACAACGACGCGCGCACCAAGCUAGCGCUCAUGGAGUGGGCGGGCCGCAAGAAGCUCGUCACGGCGCACUUCUACUUCUGGCGGUCGGCGCAGGACGAGCUGCAGAUGUCGCUCGACGGGCUGUACCGGUCAAUUCUAUUUGAGGUGCUGUGCCAGUGCCCGGACUUGAUCGUCCAAGUGUUCCCGCAGCAGUGGGACGCCAUGGCGCACCAGGGCACGACCCAGCCUAGCAACCACAUGGCGGCGAGCGCCGUCAAGCGCGCCUUUGAGCUGCUCGCGGCCAAGGCCUCUAACCCAACGCACCGCUUCUGCCUGUUUAUUGACGGGCUCGACGAGUACCACGGCGACAGCGCCGCCCAUUGGGAGCUGGCGCGCCACCUACAGGCCUGGACGCGCCAGGCCGACAUUAAGAUGGCCAUCAGCGCGCGGCCGCACACCGAAUUCCUAGUCACCUUUGCCGGCCCGCCUAACACGGUCAUCCACCUACACACGCUAACCCGCGACGACAUCUACCGCUUCAGCCUUGAGAUGUUCGCCAAGGACGCCAACACGGCCACCAUAUCCGCCGACUCGUGCGAGGACCUGGCGCGCCGCAUCGUCGACAAGGCCGAGGGCGUGUUCCUGUGGGCGUGGCUGACGGUUCGGCUGCUACUAGACUCGCUAGGGCGACGCGACAAGCUCGACGUGCUAAUGCGCCGCCUCGACGGCGUACCCGAGGGCCUCGAC